CCCAGUCGAGCGAAGGAGACGGGGCCAGAUGGGCACGACCAUGGAGGAGGGGCGGCGAGGAGGAAUAAGACCCACUGCAGAAAGCUGUUCAGUUGGGAGGCAUAGAACUAUUUACCUUCUCCUGGGAAGACACGUUAUGAAUACCUUCUGGAGCAUGUCCACGAGUUCUGCGCGCAAGAGGCCUGAAACGGAAGACAAGGCCCUGGCCGGCGAGCCAAAGAACAGCCCUCCUCGCUCCGCUCCCAAGAAGCAGCUGCCGAUGAUUCCCAAGAACGCCGUGCCCGUGACCAAACCCGCCUCUCCCGCCCUUUCCGCUCAAUCAACGAAUGGAACGCACGCCUCUUACGGGCCUUUCUACUUGGAGUACUCGCUCCUGGCCGAAUUCACUCUGGUUGUGAAACAGAAGCUACCAGGCGUCUACAUCCAGCCUUCUUACCAAUCAGCGUUAAUGUGGUUUGGCGUCAUAUUCAUUCGGCACGGCCUGUAUCAGGACGGUGUGUUUAAGUUUACAGUCUACAUCCCUGACAACUACCCAGAUGGUGACUGCCCGCGCUUGGUCUUCGACCUGCCCAUCUUCCACCCGCUCGUCGAUCCCAUCUCGGGUGAACUGGACGUGAAAAGAGCCUUUGCCAAGUGGAGGCGGAACCAUAACCACAUAUGGCAAAUCCUGAUGUACGCCCGCAGAGUUUUUUAUAAGAUCGACACUACCAGCCCUCUGAAUCCUGAAGCUGCUGUGCUGUACGAAAAGGAUGUCCAGCUUUUCAAAAGCAAGGUGGUGGACAGUGUCAAGCUUUGCAGCAGUCACUUAUUUGACCCACCAAAAAUAGAGGACCCCUACGCCAUCAGUUUUUCACCAUGGAAUCCAGCUAUACACGACGAAGCCAGAGAGAAGAUGUUGAGCCAGAAGAAGUCAGAGGAUCAACAGGGCAAGAGCACGCAAGUGUCCGGCCUCUCCUGGGUGAAGCCCGGCUCGGUUCAGCCCUUCAGCAAAGAGGAGAAGACCCUGCCUACUUAAACCCCAGUGGAAUGGGGGGGGGAAGCAAAAAGCACUCAACACUUUCUGCAGGGAAAGGGAAUGUAACAGAGAGCGCCGGAUGGCAAAGCGGUGGAAUCUUUUUUUUCCCCUUCCCUUCUUGACUUUGGAUUAGUAAAGAGUAAAAACGCUAGAGGUGACUCGAGUAAACCCGCUCAAAUGGAUUGGCUUGGACUCUUCUUCAUGUUUUUUUUUAAACGUGUUUUAACGACAGCCUGCAAGUUGGGGAAGUAGCUCUUAACUUGGCUGGGCUUUUGGUAGCAAAGUCCACCUCGGGUGGCUCAUCUUACCUCAGGUUCUCCUAUGCUGAGGUUCUUAAGUGGGGUUACUCUUAAGCUUUUUAUUUUUUAAUUAUUAUUUUCCUUCCAGGACUUAGGUGGGGUUUUUUUUAACUUAAAAAGAAGCAGGCAACAGCCGCUUUGUUCUUGUGUUUAUGUAAACUAAUAUAGCAGAGUAAAAAUACUAUAUUUAAAAACUUUUAAAAUGUAUUUGGUUUCUAUUGUAAAUAUUGUUAGGAUAUGGAAUUUGUAAAUAGUUGGGGUUUUUUUGGAUUCCUUGCUGCCCGCAAGAGGGCAGGAAGGCCGAGAUUGGCACGUACCGUGACUUGCAGACUGAUUUUCCAGUAUUGUCACUACAGGCUGUCUUCUAGCGUGGUUCUCCCCUCCUGUCUUCAGGUCCACGAUACAAAUUGCCUGCGAGCAUCACGUUGGGGGGGUGGGGGGGAGGAGCCAGGCGAAUCCGAUCUUCUUUGCUGCAAAGACGCACACUUGGCGCAAGUGUCAGAGACCACGAAGAGAACGCCAUGCCGCAUUUUCUUCUUCCUCCCGUUCUGCGUGACGUUUGCAUGCAUCUUCAGAUGCUGGUCCCGAGGGGUCUUUAGAUCUGUGUUAGGAGGCAGCCUUCAGUCACUCAUUAGUCAGGUUGGACAGCCAACUGCGCUGGGGCGGGUGGAUGGGUGGUUACCAGGUUUCGUAUGACUCUUAUUCUAGUGGCGUGCAAUUCUUGGCUCAAUUAAAUCUUAGAGGAUACGGGGUAGCUUCCCUUAGAGAUAGCAGGACAGGCUGUCGUGGCUAAUGUGUGUUGAAAUAGUGGCAUCUUAAAAAUAAUAAUAAUAAAAAAAUAAAACUC